AUGCAGCCAACACCAACAACCAACCCCUCCGAAAAACAAUACCCCCACCAACCCGACUCUAUCGGCCAAGCACCAGCAUACGACGCAUCGACAUCAAUGACUGCUCCGCCCGAGAAGGCAUACGCAGGCCAGCCCCUGCCGGAGUACGCGCACGCCCAAGCACAGGCCCAAGCACAGCUCCAGGGGCCGGGCCAGCCGCAGCAGUUCUACACGCCUUCCGCCCAUCCCAGUGGCGAUGAGUACUUCACGCUCUACGACCACGCGUCAAAGUCUGUGUCGCGGGUCUGUCUCCCCAGCAAUGAGACGACAGAACUGCUCUUUACAAAACUCGUGCGCCGCAACAUGACCGCUUUCUCGCGCUUCCCGCAAGCGCUUGUGCUUGCCAUGGCGAGCAAGACGCCAGAGCAGAAGCAGAGUUUCAAGGCGGGGUAUCUUGCCGCGCUGGAUUUUGAGGUCGGGGAUUUGGUUUGUGGGGUUUAUCGGGUUGUGGUGCGGAGGAGGGAUCGGGUUGAAUUUGAGAUUAAGAUGGAGACGGUGGAUUUUGUGCAAGGGAGGUUGGCGAUUAGUUUUGAGGAAUGUAGUCAAGAAGGGAAGGUUGUGUUUUGUAGUGAGACUGUUAUGUGGAAGAGGGCGGAUGAGGGUAGGAAGAUGCCGUUGGAGAGGCCUGUUUUGAGGUGGAUGCAUGAGACUGCUGCUUGGUGGUUGAUCGACUCUGGGGUCCGGUAUUUGGUGGAUUUGGAGGGUUGA